CGAUUGAUAACGAUUGGUAACGACAUGACGACAACCAACGACGACGACGACAACGACGACAGUGUUGCUCUUCGGUGUGAUCACGUCCACUGUACCAGUGGGGGGUCCAAGUCCAAGUCCAUGUCCAAUGCAGUCUGAUGCAGUCCAAGCGCAAACAGCAAAUGCAAGCAAAUGGCUGGGCACUUGGGGACUUGGGCAGGGGCCGCAGGGGGUCCAAGCAGGUCCAAGCAGGUCCAAGCUGGUCCAAGCACAAAGUUUGUGGUGCCGCGUGGGAAAAAUUCACCCAACUAAAUAUAUAUUCAUACACGCGCAUGCGCUCUACAUUUUAGUUGAUACAUACAUUUGACACACUAACAAAAGUAGCGUUUUAAAGUUUUAAACCAAAGAAUCGUAUCAACUAUGUAUUUACGAAAAAUAAAGAAUAUUUGAUGGAAAAGUAUCUGUGGCGCCAUCUUACAAAAACAAUAAAAAUUAUUUUCAUUAUAAACUUGGGCAUUUUCCCACCGAUGACGCCACAAGUUUAAAAAAAAAAACAGCUCGCCAUCUAGCAGCGACAUUGAGAACUAUCUUCGCUAGAAACUUGGCAAUUUUCCCACGGGUAAUGCCUGGUAACUCAUUGUUUGUGCGGUGUGUAACGUGUCAGAUCACGUAUUUGUUAAGUAUACCGAACAGUGUAUACUAUAAGAUGAUUACAGACGUGCAGCUCGCCGUUUUUUGCAACAUCCUCGGUGCGACGUUGUUUUGUUUAGUAUUCCUAUUUCACUAUAUAAAUGCAAAUUAUUCAAAAUAAGGAAAUGACACAAACUCUUCAACAUAACCUUAAUCUGCGUCAUCAAAUAUUUGUACACGUACAGAUGGGGUUCCAUAUCAACAUGUAUUUGAAAUUGUACGAAUGAAGUCUAUCGUUUAAUGUAACUGGCUUUAACUUUAUAAAUACAAUUAACCACAUUAAAUAAAAAUAUAUUUUCUGUA